AUGACAUCCCGACUCACACCGCUUUCGAUGCUGCUGUCAGCAUUUGCGCUGGCCCUGUUCGUUCUUGUUUCUAUCCCCACCGUCAAUGCGCACAUGAUCGAGCUGGGCGCGCAUAGCAGCGAAUGCUUCUUCGAAGACCUGCACAAUGGCGACCAGAUGACGCUCACGUACCAGGUUGGCGGCGGGGGGCAUCUCGAUAUCGACGUGGCGCUCUACGACCCCAAACACCGACCGCUGUUCAAACAGGAGCGCAAGGAUACGGGCACCUACUCGUUCACCGCCCAGGACGACGGGCGUUACAGCUACUGCUUCGCGAAUGAGCACAGCUCUGUCUCGGACAAGACCGUCUCGUUCAACGUACACGGCGUUAUCUACGUUCCGGACGAAGGCGACAUGCUGCCAAUCGAGAGAGAGAUUCGAGAUCUGGCUGCGGGACUGCAGGCGGUCAAGGACGAACAAGAGUAUCUCGUCAUCCGCGAACGUGUGCAUCGCAACACUGCGGAAAGCACAAACACUCGUGUCAAGUGGUGGUCCAUCAUCCAAGGCUUCAUCCUUAUUGCCGUGUGUUCCUGCCAAGUCUACUUUGUCAAACGUCACUUCGAGGUUCGUCGUGUAGUCUAG